GGGGAGAUGAGAAGCAGAAGGAAGGGGAAGACCAUUUUACUCGGGAGGGGUGGCAGUGUCUUCGGAUUGUCGCCGGCGGAGGCGGCUGCAGAUGGAAGCAGCGAGGAAGAAUUUGGGAAAAUAACUUGGACAGAGGAAACUGGAACAUAUUGAGUAACUCUUGAUAAAGACCUGAAAAUGCCAGCAGUGGAGAGUGAGGCCAAGGCUAAAACCAAGGUUCGCUUUGAAGAAAUAUUCAGAAGUCACGUUGGGCUAACAGAUAAAAAGAAAUCAAAGAAGAAAACCUUAAACACUCAGGAAAAUAUUGUGCUUGAGACAUUCAAAAAUCAUCUUGAUCUAGCUAAAGAGCAUGAAAAUGACGAGGUAAUUAUAAACAACACUUAUAUCCCAGAGGAAAGGAGCCCAAGGUUUACAAAAAACAAGCUCAGAGACAAAACCUCAGUGGCAGAAAAAAUAAAUAAUAAUGUCGUCAGUGGAGAGGACAGAAUGCAAGCAGGGUCUAGGAAAAAGAAAAAAGAACAACUUAAUGAGGAAGAAAACCUGUAUGAAGUUACUCUGGACAGUUCUGAAAAACAGAUUCAUGUUUUUUCAAAGAAAAAAACCAAAAGUGUAUUCCAGGCAUAUGUACCUCAUCAAGGGGACAGCAACAUAAGAAGUGCCUUGAAUGAAGCGAGAGAGAGAUUGGAAGUAGAUGAGGAAGAACAGCUGAUUCAAGCCUAUCAGCAGCAAAUGGCUAAGGAGGAGGCAAAUGCAAUUAAGAAGAAAAUUAAAAAGAAACUUAAAGAACAGAUGUCCAACUUCACCUCCCAUGUGCCGAGCCAUGAAGUGGUAUUGAACAAUGAAGUGAGGGAAAAGAAGAAAAAGAAAAAAGAAGUGCCAGUUACAUCUGAGCCUGAAACAAGUUCAGUGUCUCUUUCUGAGCUGCAGAAUGACCAUAAGGAAGAAGAUACUGUUAAAAAGAAAUCAUUGGAAAGACAACUGAAGUUGGUGCCUGAAGAGAAUGACAUGUUAAAAGAGGAAGAGCUGCUGGAUGGGGACCCUGAUCAGCAGACAUCUAAAGGGAAGAAAACAAAAAGAACAUCUAAAAAAGCAUUAGAAGAAAGUGUAGAAAAUGCUGAAGAAAAUAUGCCAUGUGCAGCUGCUGGAAGUGUUUCAUCAGAAUCAAAACCUCCUUUUGAUGAUAGUCUUGUUUUGGGUGUUUACAUCCAUCGAAGUGAUCGGCUUAAAACUGAUCUCAUGGUAUCCCAUCCGAUGGUUAAGAUUCAUGUUACCGAUCAGAAAACUGGCUUGUAUGUCAGGAAAGAACAUAGCAGUCGAGCAGUUUCAUCUUUUUAUGAACAAGAGCAAGUGGAACAUAUUCUUCCUAUCAUGACCCAGCCUUAUGAUUUCAGACAGUUUAAAUCGACACUUCCACAAUGGGAGGAGCAGAUCAUAUUCAAUGAGCGUUUCAACUAUUUUCUCCAAGACUGUGAAGAAAGUCCAAGCACAAUACUGUUCUUUGAGAUCCUUGAUUUUUUAAGCAUGGGAGACGCCAAGGCCAACUCUAAUGUUCAAAUUCAGGAAAGUGGUUUCCGAAAAAUCUGCUGGGCAUUUCUAAAGCUUGUAGGCACAAAUGGAGUUCUGAAUGUUGAUGGGAAACUACGCCUUCAGCUUUAUUGUCCUCCUGCAAGGUCCAGACCGCAACUGAAUGUAGUAGAAGUUUUUGACUGGUGGGAAAGGUAUCCCAGAAACCGUUAUCCUUCAACAUUGUAUGUGACUGUAAAGGGCAUUAAACUUCCAGAUCAUGUAGAUCCUUCUUUUCGUUCUAUGAUGGCUAUUCAGCAGGAAUAUCAUUCUCCAUCCUUCUUGGACCUGCAUAGUGAAGCAUGUAAAAUAGCUGAUGAUUCUGGGCAACAAGUCAAAAGAGAAGAACCAUUUAAAUGGUCCAGACUUCCAGGACAAGUUUGUCGAAUACCAAACAAGCAUCUGUUUUCUCUGCGGGCAGGAGAUACAGGAUGCUUUUGUAUUCGCUUCUCUGAGGAUGGCCGAAGAUUAGCAGCAGCUUGUGCAGGAAAAGAUGGGUAUCCUAUUAUUUUGUAUGAAAUUCCUUCAGGACAACACUUGAGGGAAUUUUAUGGGCAUUUGAACAUUGUGUAUGAUCUCUGCUGGUCAAAAGAUAAUCAGCAUCUCCUUACUGCAUCCUCAGAUGGCACUGCAAGAAUGUGGAAAAUUGAAGCCCAGGCUACAUCUGCUGUGAAGGUUUUACCUCAUCCAUCAUUUGUCUACACAGCUAAGUUCCACCCAGUAGCUGACUAUGUUGUUGUGACAGGAUGUUAUGACUCUAUGAUUAGGGUUUGGAAUGCAAAAGUGAAUGAAAUUCAUGGUCAGCUUCUGCAAGAAUUUGAUGGCCACAGAAGUUUUAUCAAUACAUUGUGUUUUGAUAAAGAAGGACUUCACAUGUUCUCUGGAGAUAGUACAGGGCUAAUAAUCAUCUGGAAUACUGUUGUGAAAGGAAGUUCUCAAUCAUUGAUUCAACAUUGGGGGAUUGAUAAGGAAAUACAAGAAGAUGAUAUUAAAGGGACCCCAAUCAACCAUUUGGAGGUACAUCCAAAUGGAAGGCGUUUAUUGAUCCAUGCCAGAGACAGCACUGUGAGAAUUAUGGAUCUUCGAAUCUUUGCUACAAAGAAAUAUAUUGGUGCCACAAAUUAUCGUGAGAAAAUCUGCAGUACCUUAACGCCAUGUGGAACAUUUCUUUUUUCUGGAAGUGAAGAUGGUGUAGCAUAUGUCUGGAAUCCAGAAACAGGUGAUCAGGUAGCAAUGUAUUCUGACCUUUCCUUUUCAUCUCCCCUUCGUGAUGUCGCCUUCCAUCCACAUGAGCAUAUGGUGUCAUUUUGUGCCUUUGGUCAAAAUCACCCGAUACUUGUGUACAUUUAUGAUUACAAAGUUGCCCAGCAAGAAGCUGAACUGGUAAAAGGCUUUAGAGGGCUACAUUCAUUAGCAUCGUCUAGAGGUCCACAGCUUCUUAGCAGUUCUGCAGAUAUUUCUGUACAGAAGGAUUCAAUAACGUCUCAACCUGACCAAUUUGCCAGUGUUUCAAGAGUAUCUUUGAGAAUGCAAAAAGUGAAACAGAAGCUGGAUUUGGUCACAGCCAACUCCAGUGCCCUCCUUAGUCCAUCUCUGCAGUCACCACACUCCAGAUUAACUCUGGCAAGCACACUAGGUGGACCUCGGAUUCCUCUGUAUCCUGUUUCUACCCAAAGUGGGAGCUUCGUCCCAGUGGGAAAUCCUCUUAGUAGAAUGCUAUCAGCUGGACUACACACGAGUGGUGAGUUUCCAGCUUCAUUAUACAUGAAAGGAGACAUUAAUUCAACCUCUGUCCCAGAAACAGUAGUGGCUCUUUACGACUACACCGCGCAUCGAUCAGAUGAGCUAACCAUCCAUUGUAGAGACAUUAUCCAAGUGUUAUACAAAGAUAAUGAUAACUGGUGGUUUGGUACCUUAAUGAAUGGACAGCAAGGCUAUUUUCCAGCUAACUAUGUGAUUGGAGAAUUACAUCACGAAGAACAGCUGUCUUCCAGAACAGCAGAAGGUUCCACUCCUCUUCAAUGCACGGAGCCAGUAGAGGCAGCUUCACCAGCUAUGCCUGAGACGUCAGCAAUCAUCAGCAAGUCAGGAGACCUAAGGUUUGUUUCAGAAAAUGACACAGAGUCCCUGGCUCCACAAGACCCAAAGAAGACAAAAAAACAAACCAUACAAAUGAAUGAAGCAGAAUUCCGGGCAGAUUAUGGCUUUACAUCUAAUAGUAUUGAGGAACAAUCUAAGAAAAACAUAACAAAGAAGAAGAAGAAAAGGGCUGGGCAAGCAACAAGGGAAAGUGGAACUUCAGAGGAUGCGUUUGACCCAGACGUUCUCCAAGCAUAGCCUGGUUUCAUAUUUCAAAGCAGUGAGGAAAAAAAUUGAAAUUACGUUUUAGUAUGGAACAAUGAAUCUCACUUGUUGGAAAACCUAGAGCAUUAUCAAAAACACAUUUAUAAUUAGAAUUUUUUUAUGGUGAGAGAAGUCAAGGAUCCAAAAGUAAGAGCAUUAAUUAUCUGUCACAUUAGAACUAACAGUUCCAAUGAAAUUCAAAAUAUGACUUUCCUUAUGAGUCAACUAUACUUUGAAAUAAGUUACCGUAUAAAUUCAAUGAAAUAUUCAGGCUGAUAUGGGUGUAUACGCAUGUCACUGAGGUGUUCUUUUAAACUUGAAGGGUACCAUUGUGAGAAGAGUUGGAACAUGAGUUGGUACAAAGACACAGUUCUGCAAGGUCUCAUUUUGGUUCAAAUAAAGGCACACAAUAGUUGUGUGAUACUCUGAAGGAGUUUGAAAACUGGGAAAAAAUGAAGUUGAAAUACUGUUUCUUAUGUCUUCCUAGCUCCUUCAGCAUUUUUGUAUACUUGUGUUUUCACAAACAACUAUCAGUUAUAAUCAAUCUGAAUUUGUACAUGAGUAAAUGCCAGCCACUGUCACUAAGGGAUGCAAAAACAGUUUUUAUAUAUAUUUUUACUGAAAUUUAUACUAUAUGUUAAAGCAAAAAGUUAUUCAAGCAAUGUUGCCAGACUGAUUCUACUUUGUUUUGAUUAACUGUUUUUCAUCAAAAUGUAGGUGGGGUAUAUUUUUAUCUAAGUAUAUUUUUGUGCUCCAAUGUAACUGUUUUUAAAUUAAAAAGCAUUAAGUUGUGAAAGAUUUAUUAA